AGCAUGGCCACAGCUGCCUCCAGCCCCUACACCUUGCUCGGAUCCAGUCCCAUGAUCCACCCGGACAGUCAGGCCAUGCAGCCUGCUAGCCCCUUCAGAGGCCACCAGAAACUUCUGCACAGUGACUACCUGCAGAACGUCCAGAGCAACGGGCACCCCCUCGGGCACCAGUGGGCGAGCAAUCUGUCGGAUAGCAGCCCGUGGUCGGCCUCGAUGGAGCAGCAGGACGUCAAACCGGGCAGAGAAGACUUGCAGCUCGGCAUCAUUCAUCACCGUUCGCCGCACGUCGCUCAUCAUUCCCCACACCACAACAAUCAUGGGAACCACCCGGCGGCGUGGGGGACUCCGGUGUCCCACAACUCCUCCAUCAGCAGCGGGCAGCAGAUCAAUAUCUACUCCCAGUCGGGCUUCACCGUCAACGGCAUGCUGGAGCACGGCGGGCUCACCCCUCCGCCCAACCCGCAGGGCCAAGCCAUGCACCCGGGCCUCAGGGAUACGCUCAGCCCCGAGCACAGCGACCUGGGUGGCCACCACUGCCACGACCACUCCGAUGAGGAGACGCCGACGUCGGACGAGCUGGAACACUUUGCCAAGCAAUUCAAGCAGCGGAGGAUCAAGCUGGGCUUCACGCAGGCCGACGUGGGACUGGCGCUGGGCACACUCUACGGUAACGUCUUUUCCCAAACGACCAUCUGCAGGUUCGAGGCUCUACAGCUGAGCUUUAAAAACAUGUGCAAACUCAAGCCGCUGCUAAACAAGUGGUUGGAGGAGGCAGAUUCGUCCACGGGCAGCUCCAGCAGUAUAGACAAGAUCGCAGCUCAGGGGAGGAAGAGGAAGAAGAGGACGUCCAUUGAGGUCAGCGUUAAGGGGGUCCUGGAGACGCACUUUCUCAAGUGUCCCAAACCAUCCGCGCAGGAAAUCACGUCGCUGGCGGACACGCUGCAGCUGGAGAAAGAAGUUGUCCGCGUGUGGUUCUGCAACCGGAGGCAGAAAGAGAAGCGCAUGACGCCGCCCGGGGAGCCGCCGCCGCCCCACGAAGCUCCUUAUUCCCACGGCGGGAGCGCGGGGGACGCGUCGUCGUGCCACGACCUCUGACCGCCGCACCGCUCCGGAAGGGCUGGACUCUCGCGGUACGGCUCCCACCGGAACAGACUGCUCCAGACUCACGAGAUCCAGCGCCGGAGAUACGCGCUCAGCCUUCGCCUCUUUCGAAGCGCCACGAGGUCACUAUUCCAUCAUUUCACCGCACUCUGUGGAGCCGGUCAAAAUGUUUGGAUAUAAAUACAAAUAUGUGCCUAUAAUCUACCAGCGCCUUUAGUUUUUUCUCACCAUAAUCCAACAAAUGGGACUGCUGUUAUAAUUUUCCUCCUCUUUUUUUUUUUUUUUUCGGAACACAAAUGAUUCUUGUUUUCUGAGCUGAUUUGAUAUUUCAGUGUUUGGGCACCACGUGUAAUUUUAUUGUCCACUCAGCUCACUCAAUCCUCCCGUGUUAUUAUUUUGUAACACACUCGUACAACAUCUGUAAUUGCUGUUAUUAUUUUUUUGCUUAUAAGCAAAUACAUUUGUUUAUAAAUAUAUUUGCCUAUAGGCCCUCAUUCCAGUGGUAUGUUCUACCAACACAAUAGCACUUGAAAACUUAUUUUUUAAUCCUUCCGUCGUGGCCUGUAGUUUACACGGCCACUCACAAGAGCAGUUAUUUAUAAACGUAUUUUGUUUGAUUUCAUCCAUCUUCGACCAUUUAAACUGUGUAGACUCUGAAGAGGAGCCGUGAAUAGAAAAAAUGGGUUUGACGCUAUUCACCUGCCUAUAAUUCUAUCGUACGUUCACUAUCCAAAUUUUAUAAUAUUAAAUACUCCUGUUUUUUGGUUUAUUUCACAAGUAUUUUUUCGAAUAUUGUACAGUUUUAUAUAUU